AUGGCAUCGCUGCUGUGCAACGCCCGCAUCCAGCUCACAGAUGUGCUGGAGCAGAUGCAGCAAGGGACGCUGAUGCGCAAAGUCAAGUCCAAGAGCUGGAAGAAGCAGCGUUACUUCAAGCUGCAGGAUGACUGUAUGACCAUCUGGUACCAGUCCAAGAGGACAGGCAAAACUGAGUCUGCCUUCUCCAUCAGCGAUGUGGAGACGGUGCGGGAAGGGCACCAGUCGGAGGUGCUGCAGAGUCUGGCUGAGGAGUUUCCCCCUGAGCGCUGCUUCACCAUCGUUUUCUAUGGCCGCCGGGGCAACCUGGACCUCAUUGCUGGCUCAGCGGAAGAGGCGCAGUGCUGGGUCCAGGGCCUGCGCCAGCUCAUUGAGGUGGCCACCAGCAUGGACCAGAGGGAGAAGAUAGACCAGUGGAUUCGUGACUGGUUUCAGAAAGCCGACAAGAAUAAGGACGGGCGCAUGAACUUCAAGGAGGUGCAGCAUCUCCUCAAGAUGAUGAAUGUGGACAUGAACGAGGAUCAUGCCCUGAGGCUCUUCCAGGCUGCUGACAAGUCGGAGUCGGGGACACUGGAAGGGGAAGAGUUCGUGCUCUUCUACAAGACCCUUACGCAGCGUGAGGAGGUGCUGAGCCUCUUCCAGGACUUCUCUGAGGAUGGGAAGAAGCUGACGCUGCUGGAGCUGGUGGAUUUCCUGCAGCAGGAGCAGCUGGAGGAUGAGGGCACGGAGGAGCUGGCCAUGGAACUCAUUGACAAGUACGAGCCGUCGGAGACAGCCCGGGCUCGCCACGUGCUGAGUGCCGAUGGGUUCCUCAUGUACCUCUGCUCCCCGGAGGGCUCCAUCUUCAACCCCCGUCACCGGGCGCUGUGGCAGGACAUGAGCCAGCCGCUCUGCCACUACUUCAUCUCCUCCUCCCACAACACCUACCUGAUAGAGGACCAGAUUCGGGGCCAGAGCAGCAUUGAGGGCUAUAUCAGGGCUCUGAAACGGGGCUGCCGGUGCCUGGAGGUGGAUUGCUGGGACGGGCCAAAUGGGGAGCCCAUGGUGUACCAUGGCCACACCUUCACCUCCAAGAUCCCUUUCCGGGAGGUGGUGAGCACCCUGGGGAAGUACGCCUUCAAGACUUCAGACUACCCAGUGAUCCUGUCCCUGGAGAACCACUGCAGCAUGGAGCAGCAGGAGGUCCUGGCCCAGCAGCUCAAGGCCAUCCUGGGCGAACAGCUCCUCACCACCACCACCGAUGGGCGCGUCCCCACCCAGCUCCCAUCCCCAGAGGAGCUGAAGCACAAGAUCCUGCUGAAGGGGAAGAAGAUCGGGCGGCUGGAGGACACGCUGGACGGGCUGGGGGAUGAGGUGCCUGAUGUGUCUGACGAUGACAACGGGGCAGAGGCAGAGGAGGAAAGACGGAGAGCGAAGAAGGACAAGGAGAGCGUGGCACAGGCAUUGUCUGACUGCGUUGUCUACUGCAAGAAUGUGUCCUUCCGGGACUUCCAGGAGGCCCGCAGCCAUUCCCGGCCCUCCGAGAUCUCCUCCCUUGCCGAAGCCAAGGCCCGGAAGCUCAUCCGGGAGGCAGGGAAUGAGUUUGUCCGUCACAACGCCUGGCAGCUGACACGCAUCUACCCCAGCGGGAUGCGGACCGACUCCUCCAACUACAGCCCCCAGGAGAUGUGGAACGUGGGGUGCCAGAUUGUGGCCCUGAACUUCCAGACAGCUGGCACAGAGAUGGACCUGUGUGAUGGGCUCUUCAGCCAGAACGGCCGCUGUGGCUACGUGCUCAAACCACCCUUCAUGAGGGAUGAGGAGACUCUUUUCAACCCCAGUGACCCCAGCAGCCGGGAGGGCCCUGGCCCCGUCACCCUGACAAUCCAGGUGAUCAGUGGGCAGCAGCUGCCUAAAGUGUCCAACAGCAAGGACGGAGCCAUCAUUGACCCACUGGUGCGUGUGGAGAUCCACGGGGUCCCUGCAGACCAGGCACACCAGGAGACCAAGUACAUCGAGAACAACGGUGAGCCCCAUGGUGGUACCAGGGACCCCCCUGCACCCAGGUGGCCCAUCCAUGCCAGCACCCACUCUCCCUUCCCAGGGUUUAACCCCCGCUGGGAUGAGACACUCCAGUUCCAGCUCCAUGUGCCUGAGCUGGCCCUUGUCCGCUUCGUGGUGGAGGAUUACGACAAGACCUCCAGGAAUGACUUUGUGGGCCAGUUCACCUUAGCCUUUGCCAACAUCAAACCCGGCUACCGCCACAUCCACCUCCUCUCCAAGGAUGGCACAAGCAUCCCACCCUCUUCGCUCUUCGUCCACAUCCGCAUCACCGAGCCGCCUGGCCCCGAGCAGGACUGA